AUGCCUAAGGUUGUAUUUGUCCCGUACGAGGUCACGCAGCCGAACCUCACCAACGACCGAUUCAUCCACCACGCCAAUGGCUUCGCAGACUCUCUGUCAACGUACCAGAGCUCUCGAUCUGGCUUCUUUUCCACGUUCCCCUUUGGCGUCUUCGCGUUAGCGCGACUGGAGGACGAGCUGAACUCGUCCGCCCUGUGGCGGGAGCGGUCCGCGGCGAUGCCGGGGACGACACGAGACGCUGCCAAUCUGACACCGCAGCAAGCCCACGUCGAAUACAUGCACACCGAGUUGUAUUCGGGCCACGUCCACGGGUAUCCCAUUCCCUUGGAUGGGAAGCACGGCUUCGAGAUGAUGACGCUGCUGUUUAGCCAGCAAAGCCGCGGCACCGUGACACUUCGCUCCACGGACCCGCACGACAAGCCCGUCAUCGAUCCUCGCUACCUGUCCGACCCGCUCGAUCUGCUCAUGUUGGCCGAAGGCGUGCGCUUCGCCCACUCCAUCGUGACGUCCGGCUCCGGCACGAGGGACAUCGUCGCCCCAGGCGUGUGGAUGGCAGGUCCCAAGUACGCGGCCCUGGGACCCGAAACCAACAGGGAGGACUGGGAGCCGUAUGUGCGGCAGUACAGCGCGACGGCUCACCACCCGGCAGGCACGUGUCGAAUGGGGAAGGACGGCGAUUCGAUGGCGGUCGUGGACGAGAAGCUGGCGGUCAGAGGCGUCAAGGGGUUGAUGGUCGCGGACUGCAGCAUCAUGCCGAGUCUAAACGGCGGACACACACAGAUGCCGGCGUAUGCAAUUGGGGAGAAGGCUGCAGAAUUGCUUGUCAAAGCGUCGGACACAAAGGUAUAG